AUGGCAGAAGACGCCUGUCCCGUCGACCACAAAACCCGCGACGCCUGGCUCGCCCACGCCCGCGCCGCCGAAGCCUCCAAGCAAUCCCAACCCCAAUCUCCCGCCCAAAGCGAAGCAUCCAAAUGCCCCGUCGAUCACUCCGCCGCCAAGAAGCCUUCCUCCUCAUGGACCCAGACAAUCUCCUCCUACAUCUGGUCCUCUCCCUCCCCCACCGCAGAUAACCUCCCCGCAAACCACCCCGCGAUACCUUCAACAACCUCACCAUCAAACCUCGAAACCUCCCGCGUAACGUCCACUAUUCCUCGCUCCUUUACAAACUCCGAUGAAUACGCUUCGGGAAAUUGGGUCUAUCCCUCGGAGAAGAUGUUCUUUGAAGCGAUGAAGCGCAAGGGCUACGAUGCGCGAGAAGUGGACAUGAAGACUGUCGUGCCUAUCCACAAUGCCGUCAAUGAGCGCGCGUGGCAGCAUAUUAAAGAGUGGGAAGCUCCCUACUUGACCGACUCAAAAUGCGACGGUCCAAGACUCUCCUCCUUCGCCAACAAAAGCACCCGCAUGACCCCAACCGCCCGCAUCAACACCAUCCUCGGCUACACCGCGCCCUUUGACCGGCACGACUGGGUCAUCGACCGCUGCGGCGUCCGCGUCGACUAUGUCAUCGACUUUUACGCUGGAAGACCUGGCGGCACGGCUGGAGCGCCGAGCUUCUAUCUCGAUGUCAGGCCGAAGCUGAAUACCUUGGAGGGAGUCAAGAUGCGGGUCAUGAGGUGGACAGGGUUGGCUUGA